GAUGACGGACAAAGCGGAUAAGCACAAGCCCAACAAGUUCAGCAAAAAUGAACUUAGACGACGAAGUCGCACCUUCUUUCACCGGCAAUGCCGUAUCAUCGUACGAAACCUAUCGUACAAAAUCACGGAAGACAUGCUGCGCAGCGAAUUCGAACGAUUUGGCAAUCUGGAGGAAGUUAAUAUUCUCAAGAGGGAAGAUGGAAAGUUGGUGGGAUGUGCAUUUUUACAGUUUUCCAACCAAGAAGAUUCCGAUCGUGCCAUCAAGGAGAUGGAUAGUAAAACCAUUAUGGGACGGCAGGUAGAAGUCCACUAUGCUAAGGACAAGGCAGAUUAUUCUCGCGUAAAAAGAGCGAAUAUUAAACAGGAAGAUGCCGUAAAAGUCGAGCAUGAUGAGGAUGUACAAAUCAAAGAAGAGGAUGAUGACGACGACGACGACGACGAUGAUGAUGAUGAUGAUGAAACGGAUGGAGAUGAGGACGAAGAAAUGAAUGAAGAUGAUGAACACGGAGACAGCGAAGAUGGAGUGGAUGAGAAGCCCCCGAAAGGUUUAAAAUCCUUCAAGAAAGGCGAUAAACAACAACACAACGAAGUUGAGGAAGGUCGUGAGGUGUUUGUUAAGAACAUACCGUACGAGGUGGAUGCAAGCGAACUGGAAGAAAUAAUGUCCCAGUUUGGCAAAGUAGAGAAGGCUUUAAUCAACAAGGAGCGCAUAUCGGGACACUCGAAAGGGACGGCUUUUGUCAUCUUCAAGUUGAAAGAUUCGGCCGAGCUCAGCUGUCGUCACAGUCUAAAGCUGAAGGUGCAUGAUCAGUAUGUCGAAAUUAUGCCUGCACUACGCAAGGCAGAUAUCGCGAACCGUGAGAAAGCGAAGCAGGAAAAACGAGCGAAAGAUUCACGCAAUCUGUACCUGCUGAAGGAAGGUUUGAUAAUGGCCGGUUCACCUGCAGCUAAGGACGUAUCGAAGGCUGAUAUGGCACAAAGAUUGCGCUUGGAGCAGCGUAGCAAUGAGAUGCUGAAGAACUUUAACCGGUUUGUCGCACGGGACCGUUUAACCAUUCACAACAUCCCACAGAACUACUCGAAUGAGGAUCUGAGAAAAAUGAUCAUUAAAUUCACUUCCUACAAACCGAGAGAAUGUCGCGUGAUGCGUGAUAAUCGCAACAGUGGUCAGACCCGCGGGUAUGGAUUUGUAUCGUUUCCAAAACACGAAAUAGCGCUGGAAGUGCUUCGCAAGCUCAACAACAAUCCUGCCGUUUUUGGCAAGAAUAGUAGACCGAUCGUUUCAUUUAGCAUCGAGGAUAGGAACGUUUACAACAUCCGGCAGAAGCGGAUGGAAAAAUCGCGCCUCAAUAAUCCUACCUACCAGAAGAAACUGGAAGAGCUGAAGGCGAAAAAACUGUCCAAGGCGAAAACUCGAAAGGAAGCGAAAAUGGAUGCACUCAAACAGUUGGCAAUGGCACCUGCUACACUGCUCCAAAAGCUGAACCCGAAAACUAGAGCUGCCGAGCUGGGCCAGAAGAAGAAGCAGCGCAAACGUGACAUCGAGCAGACACCGUUUGCCGGAGAGGUGUCGAAGGAAGGCAAAACGGGUAUCCGUUCGGGCCGUAAGAUAGCGUACCAAGCUGAUGCACACAUGAAGCGCAUCAAGCAGGAGCGCAAGGAGGAGAAAAAGCAACGUCGCAAACAAGAACACGCACGAAACCGAAUGGAGCGACAGGGUAAGCCGAAGGCGAAAUCGAAGAUGAACGUUACGGAGCUGAAAAAGGAGGAUGCAUUCUUUAAAGAAGCAAUCGGGAAGUACAAAGAUAUGAUCAGUCAGGUGAAGAAGGCACCGGUACGAAGCAAAUGGUACAGCGAAUAGGGGAGGGCGAUGACUUUUUUG